CGUGACCGGAAAUGACGCUGUUGUCGACACCGGCAGCUCCCCAUUGCGGGUGAUCUUCCUAUACACUCCAGAUAAUCGUGACCGGACCGCGGUGCCGCUGUCAUCAUGGCUCUGUAUGAAUAUGUCACCCAGGAGCAGCUCUGCGGCUUUGAUAAAUAUAAGUACAGUGCUGUGGACACCAACCCACUCUCCAUCUAUAUCAUGCACCCCUUCUGGAACGCCAUGGUGAAGAUCUUACCCACAUGGCUGGCUCCUAACCUCAUCACCUUCACUGGGUUCAUGUUCCUUGUGCUGAACUUUGCCAUCUUAUCCUUCUAUGACUUUGACUUUUACGCAUCAGCGGACGGUCAUGCACACGUGCCAAGUUGGGUUUGGAUAGCUGCAGGCCUCUUCAACUUCCUGGCAUACACACUAGACGGUGUAGAUGGAAAGCAGGCUCGCAGGACAGACUCGAGCACUCCUCUGGGUGAACUGUUUGACCACGGCUUAGACAGCUGGGCGUGUGUGUUCUUCGUGAGCUCCAUAUACUCUGUGUUCGGGCGCGGUGAGAGCGGAGUCAGCGUGCUCACACUCUACGGACUGCUCUGGGUCGUCCUCUUCUCUUUCAUCCUCUCACACUGGGAGAAAUACAACACCGGCGUGCUCUUCCUGCCCUGGGGCUACGACAUCAGCCAAGUGACAAUCUCUAUCGUGUACAUCAUCACAGCUGUGGUCGGGGUGGAGACGUGGUAUAAGCCACUGAUCUGGAACAUUCUCUACAGGGACAUCUUCGUCGUCAUGAUCCUGGGUUGUCUGUUUGCCGUAACGCUACCAAUGAGCCUUUACAACGUCUUUAAGGCGUACCGCAGUAACACGCUGAAGCAUAGCUCUGUGUACGAGGCCUUCCUGCCCUUCUUCUCGCCCGUACUCCUCUUCAUCCUCGCCACACUGUGGGUCUUCCUGUCUCCCAGCAACGUCCUAGAGCUGCAGCCUCGACUCUUUUUCCUGAUGGUCGGAACAGCCUUCGCCAACGUUACUUGCAAGCUGAUCGUGUGUCAGAUGAGUAACACACGCUGCCAGCCUCUGAGCUGGAUGUUGUUGCCGAUGGUGUUGGUGGUGUUUCUGGUGAUCUCUGGAGUGGUGCAGCAAAGUGAGACAGUUCUGUUGUACGUCUGGGCAGCUGUAGUCAUCCUCGCACACAUACACUACGGAGUUUCAGUCGUGAGACAGCUGAGCGGUCACUUUAAGAUCUAUGCGUUCUCGUUGAAGAAGCUCAGAUCGGACUGACAGGAGGAGGAGAAGAUCGGCCUGACGGCGGCGGAGGUCUAAAUAGUCGGAGCGUCCUUCUCGUCCACCGCCAAGACACACCUCAAACCAGGAAACCAAAAGCUGCUGACCGAACACGCCUUCUCUCACCCGAACACGCAGGACAUAGGAAUGUAGGAAGACUCUUAUUCCUCCUCGUCCUAAGUGGAGCUGCGUUACGGGAUCAGCUGCGGGCGGUUUGGCUUCUUUAGCGUCCGCUGAGCAGAUUCGCUUGUUUCCUACGGAAAUGCACUUUCUGCCAAGAUACAGGAGCCUGGAAUGAUUAACACACAUCCACAUGCUUAAACCUUACUCCAUAAACACACACACAUUCACAUGCAACAACCUACCAGGUGUUAACAUGUAACACAUGAAUGUUUUGUACAUUUUUGUCUUGGGCCAUUUUAUUUGGAUUUAUUUCUGGCUUUUUUUUAUUGAAGUCUCAAAAAGAAAAAGAAAAGGUGACUUUUUCUAAUUUAUGGCAUUACAGGAGCAUAGUGCAGAUGAAGUGGACAGUUGAAUAUAGCAGACUUUAUUUUUGGAGGUAUUCUAGGUUAGAUUUUUACUUUCCUGUGGUGUUCUUAUCGGACCUCCGAGCGUCAGGCGGAGCAUCAGCUGUAAUAAACCACUCACGGACCUCAGAAGCUCCUUCGAUGAUCAACACGUGGUUUUAUGGGGCCUGACCUUUCACCACUGCAACCCCACCCAAUUUCAGCUUAAUUUUUUUUCCUUUACCUUUUUUACGUUGGUGAUGGUGUGUCAGUGUGCCGAUUUUCCUUUUUUUCCUUUUAACUAGUCAGCUUUUAUUGAGUUUAUUUGCGCUUAAAUGAAGAGUGCGUUUCAAAGCCUACCCAGGAGAGGGCGCACUCGGAGUGAGCGAGUGGCACCUCGCUCCGUUCUCUAAACGCAAUAAAAGCGCUAGUCAUCUCUCGUCA